AUGCAGGAGCUGAAGCACAGCAGUGAACCAGACAUGGUGGAGGAUGUCGAAAUAGGAAACAGUGAGACGCCUCCAAACGAGGAGUUAGGUGUCGAUUUGGAGCAGGAAAAGAACCUCAUUCGGAGACAAGACCUGAGAAUCCUGCCCCUAUGUGCUGGGAUAUAUCUUUUGUGUUACCUCGAUCGAUCAAAUAUUGGAAACGCGAAGACCCUCAAUUCUGCUACAGAGAAUGAUUUGCUCGAUGAGACAAACAUGACAGAGCACCAAUAUAUCAUUGCAUUGAUGGUCUUCCUCAUUGCGUACGCCUUGUUCGAGGUUCCUUCAAACUACUUGCUGAAAAAAUUGAAACCAAGCCGAUGGAUUGCAUUCCUAAUGUUCUCUUGGGGAGCAGUGACCGUGGGCCUUGGAGGUGCGCAGAACUAUGCACAAGUUGCAGGUGUUCGGUUCCUACUUGGUGUCCUUGAGGCCGGACUAUUCCCGGGGCUGGUCUUCUAUCUUACGUUUUGGUAUAAGGUAUCGGAAAGAUCACUAAGAGUUGCCAUUAUUUUGGCCUCCGCUACACUGGCUGGUGCUUUCGGAGGCGCUAUUGCAUACGGAGUGGGACAUAUGAAUGGUGUCCAUGGGCUAUCUGGCUGGCGCUGGCUGUUUAUCAUCGAGGGUGCUCCUUCGUGCGCAUCAGCAGUUCUUGUGUGGUUUUUCCUUCCAGACUACCCGGAAACCUGCCGUUUCUUGUCGACAGAGGAGAAGGCAUUGGCGAAACAGCGACUGUCGGUGGAAGGAGGACAGGGUGAAGCCAAAGCAAUGUCAUGGAUUGAAGCUAAAGCGGUAUUGACGGAAUGGCGUCUUUAUGCACACUAUUUGGUCUACUUUGGAAUUUCCGUGCCUUUUUCAAGUUUAUCACUAUUUACGCCAACAAUCACAGCCGGGCUUGGCUAUGAGAAUCUACAAGCCCAAUUGAUGACCGUUCCGCCAUAUGCUGUUGCUUAUGUUGUGACCCUUUUGGUAUCUUGGUCGGCGGAUUACUUCAAUGCCCGUGGUGUGCAUUCCGCACUGUUCGCAUUGAUUGGUGCCAUUGGCUUCAUAGUCUCUGCCGUUCUUCCACCAGAUGCGUAUUCGCACCGUUACGGCUGCCUGAUAAUCGCUACAUCAGGUGCAUUCUCAUGCAUACCCCCUCUUUUAGGCUGGCUUUCCUCCAACCUCCGCUCGACUGCUGGAAUCGGACUAGCCAUUGCCAUGAAUAUCUCGUUUGGAGCACCAGGACAGAUAGUGGGUGUGUGGAUUUACAAAUCUGUACAGGCAAAACAGGGAUUCCCGACAGGGCAUUGGACAAAUGCAGCGCUACUUCUCCUUGUCUCUUCCGUGUGCAUUACAUUGAGGCUGUACUAUGGAUGGCUUAACAGAAAGUCCCAUGAUGGUCAAAUGAGAUAUGUCUAUUGA